AUUUACCACGGAACAGUGAAGCUGAGGCUGGAGGAGCUCCAAGAAACAUAUGAGGUGGCUGAUAUGUACCAGCUGACAGCUUUAUUUGAGGAAUGCUCUCGUUUCCUGGUGAGGACGGUGCAGGUGAAAAACUGCCUGCAGAUCAUGUGGCUGGCAGACCAGCACAGUGACACGGCGCUCUAUACUGCGGCUAAACACUGUGCCAAAACCCACCUGUCACAGCUGAACGACACCGAAGAGUUUCUGAACUUACCCUUACGGCUUCUGACGGACAUCAUUGCAGAUGGAGUUCCCUGUUCUCAGAAUCCCACCACUGCUAUAAAGAACUGGAUCCACUACAACAAGGAAGAGAGAGAGGAGUUUUCUGAAAUGCUGCUGUCUAGCCUGAAGGAAAUUGGGGAAAAUGUGCACAUCUAUCUGAUUGGUAAGGAGGAGUCUCGCACGCACUCUAUUGCGGUCUCACUACAUUGUGCGCAGGAUGACUCUAUAACUGUAAGUGGACAGAACAGUCUGUGUCACCAGAUAACAGCGGCCUGCAAGCACAGGGCCGACCUGUAUGUGGUAGGGGGCUCCAUCCCUAGGCGAAUGUGGAAAUGUAACAUGGAGACCAUGGAUUGGGAGCGUUGCGCUCCUCUGCCCAGAGACCGUCUGCAGCACACACUGGUGUCUGUCCCCAGCAAGGAUGCUAUCUACUCCCUUGGUGGAAAGACGUUACAGGACUCUCUCUCCAAUGUGGUAAUUUACUAUCGAGUACAAGACAACGUAUGGACGGAAACCAGCCAGUUAGAGGUUUUCCAUCUCGGGUGCUGCUGGCGUAAACCUUAAUGGGCUCAUCUACUUAUUUGGAGGUGACGAGAAUGAUCUGGACUUUUUUACCAAACCCUCACGCCUUAUUCAGUGUUUUGACACCAACACUGAAAAGUGCCACGUGAAACCGUACCUGCUGCCUUUUGCUGGACGCAUGCAUGCUGCCGUUCAUAAGGACUUGGUGUUCAUUGUGGCAGAGGGAGACUCGUUGGUCUGCUACAACCCUCUUCUGGACAGCUUCACGCGGCUUUGCCUUCCUGAUGUGUGGAGCUCUCGACCUUCACUCUGGAAAAUCGCCAGCUGCAAUGGCUGCAUCUACGUAUUCCGUGAUCACUACAAGAAAGGGGAUGCCAACACAUUCAAACUCAAUCCCGCCACGUCCGUGGUGACAGUCACAAGUGGCAUUCGCUUCUUGCUUACCAACCUUCAGUUCUUGUUAGCAUGA